AUGGUGGCUACGAUUCCACAUCAGCGUCAAGAUGGCCGUGCUGGCAAUGAACUGCGACCAUUUGCUUGCGAAAAGGGCGCACUCUUUCGUGCUGAUGGAUCUGCGCGUAUGUCGCACGGUAGAACCACUGUAUUGGCCGCGGUGCAUGGCCCUGGCCAAGCGCGCAAUUGGCGCAGUGAGAAGACGGACAAGGCCACACUGGAUGUGUGUUUUAAGCUGGAAAAAGGCGUCAUGACGUCCAAAGAGAAGGAGUACGAGCUGAUUAUCCGCGAGACUUUCACGCCCGUCGUGCUCUCCGACAACUUCCCUCGUGCUGUUAUCAGCAUCGUGCACCUUCUUGCAGUUGCGAUAAACGCAGUGAGUUUGGCGCUGAUGGAUGCUGGAGUUCCUAUGAUCUCGGUCGUCACGGCAACUUCUUGCGGGAUUUUUGCUGACGGCAAUUUGUACUUGGACCCCUCAUCUGUAGAAGAAGAGGAAGCUGUUUCAUGGGUCACCACUUCGAGAUCCAGCACAAGUGAUGGCGUUCUGACCUGCAUCACUAACGGUUUGCUGUCAGAAGAGCAAUAUUUUGCAUGUUCGGAGGCAUGUCAGCGGGCAUCGGAGAGUGUCGCGGCUUUCUUCCGCAUUGUGCAACAAAAGAAGCAUUCAGUCGAGUCUACAAGUCAGUAA